AAAGGUAAACAAAAAUUUUAGAUAUAUUUUACAAUUUCAAAUGUAAAACGUAAAGAAUAAUAAUAAUAAUGAACGAUCCAUCGAAACGGAUCGACGUUGAAAAGUCAUCAUUGUUAAGUUUGAAAGCAGAGUUAUUAAGAAAACAAGAAGAAGCUCUUAAAAACAAAAAAGCUGUUCCUUUAAUUCAGAAGAAUAAAUCUGUAAAUAAAGUGAACAAGUCACUUGACCCAAAACAUGAGGGGGUUAUUAAAACUUCGAAUGCUAAAGUUUUCGAGCAUGAUGAUUCAGGAGAGUUUAAAAAAUCGAGGAAAAUACUUGAAGCGAAAGCAAAAUAUUAUGAACGAAUGGUGAACUCAAAAGGGUCUCUUAACAGCGAUGACAAUUCUCUGGUUUUAUUUAAUAAAAAAGGGCAACAAGAGAAAGGAGAUUGGAAUGAAGAGGAUGAAGAUGAAAUGGUCGAUUAUACCGAUUGCUUUGGAAGAAGCCGCAAAAUUUCUAAAAAAGAAUUACAAAAAUUAAAGGAUCAAGACAGUGAAUUGCUGGAUGUCGUCGAAUCAAGAUCAGAACAAGUGAACAGAAACAACGAAGGCUCAAAAUCUCCAGGUGAAAUUUCUCAUGAAAGUGAUAAUGAAACUAUUGUUGGACCAGAUGUAGGACUUCAAUUUCUUAAGCAACGUGAGGAAUGGGAAAAGCAAGAAGAAGUAAAUAAGGAAAGAAGUUCACUUCAUUAUCAAGAUAUUUUGUUCGAUGAGGCUCGCGAGCAUGGCGUUGGAUUUUAUGAGUUUUCAACUGAUCAUGAGGAGCGUCAGAAGCAACAAAAAGCACUCAAUAAAAUACGAGACGAUACUUUAGACGCACAAAAACAACGAGCCGAUUUGAAAAAAUCCCGUGAUAGCAUUAUUGCCAAUCGUGUUAAAAUUGCUCGCGCGAGACAGAGAGCGAGAUUAGGACUUCCGCCGGAAGAAGAAAAACCUGAAGAUGAAAAUCUUUACAACACAUUAGAUGAGAAAAAACUUUCGGAAGAAAAAGCUGCAAAAGAAAAAGAGAAGCUUGAGAAGGAAAAGGAACGUCAGCGCAAAAAGCAUGUGCGGCCAUGGGAUAAGGCAAAAGUUAGUUCUAAGCAUAAUAAUUACUCAGACUCUGAAAGUGAUGAUAGUGAUGAUGAAGAUAUUGAAUGGAAGCCUCAAAGAGAACGCCAUGUGAUGACUCAAGAUGAAUGGAAUGAAAAGCAAAGAGAAGUACGUAAUCAAGAGUUUGCUCCAAUAUCGAGAAACUUUGUAAAACCUGAUGUCACUUAUGAUCCAAAAGAUUUUGAAGAAGAAAAGAAAACACUUUUCUUCACUUCAAAAAAGUUUAAACGUCGAAAUCAGUCGCCAGAAAGUAGUCAAAGAGGUGCAGCAAUUCCACCUCCAGCGACAAUUGAUUAUUACGGACCGUCAACAUCGAAGCAACCCAAAUCAUAUGUUCCACCUACAAAUAUUGAAGCAUCGAUAUCAGCUGGUCUUAAAUUCCUUCGUGAACAAGUUGACAAAGGCAACAAACACAAAUGUUUGAACAUGGAAGCAACAAAACUUCUAGAAGAGCUUAAAGAGUUCUAUGAAAAAGCUAAUUUUCAACGAACUAAGGAUAUUCUGCAAAAAGAAAUAAAAAACGUUGAAGGAGAGAUCGCUGCUGCUAAAGCAAAAUCAUUACAAAAUGCCGAGGAAUCAUCCGGUCCAAAGAGAAUUCUCGUUGAUCUUCAUGAGCAUGCUGUAGAUGAAAGUGACAAGUUUGUAAAAAUUUAUAUUCCAUUUGACUUAUCCAAGAUCUCGGAAGAGAAUGUUGAAGCAGAUUUCAGUGAAAAUUCAUUUCAAAUUCUUAUUCACGGCAAUGAAAACAAAGAUCAUCGCUUUGUAGUGAAUAAUUUGUUGAAGCCCAUUGACGUCACUAAAAGUUAUAAGAAAAAGAAAUCAGAUAUGGUCGCUGUCUACCUUAAAAAAGCUAAUGAAGGUAGCAAAUGGGGUUUUCUCACAACAACUGAAAAAAAAUUAAAGGAUGGAAAGAAUAAACCAUUUGAAGAUGAGCAUGAGAAAGAAGAAGUUUCAAAGGAUCCCAUGGGAGGAUUAAUGAACAUCAUGAAAAAAAUGUACGACAGUGUAAACAUUGAUGAGAAUGUAAAACCACCGAAACGAAGAAUAUGGGAGACAUUGUUCUGCUGUUGGAGACAGCGAAGCACUUCAUUAUCAUCGAGACGAUCAAAAUCCAGCCAGAAUGGAGGUUCCAUAGAUGGACUUCAAACACAGACAAUAGGACAAGCAACGGGUCUCACCGGUAGUAGUGGACAAAAUCGAUACCUGUUGCCUCCAAUACGCCACUCAGAUAUGCAUAAAAAAUGCAUGGUCAUUGAUUUAGAUGAAACGCUUGUGCAUAGUAGUUUUAAACCAAUUCCAAAUGCUGAUUUUGUAGUGCCGGUAGAAAUUGAUGGCACUGUGCAUCAAGUUUAUGUUUUAAAGCGACCAUAUGUUGAUGAGUUUCUGAAAAAGAUGGGAGAGUUGUAUGAAUGUGUUCUUUUUACCGCAUCGCUUGCAAAAUACGCUGAUCCUGUUGCUGAUCUUCUGGACCAAUGGAGCGUAUUUCGUGCUCGUCUUUUCCGUGAGUCAUGUGUUUAUCAUGGUGGAAAUUAUGUUAAGGAUUUAAACAAGUUGGGACGGGACCUUCAAAAAAUUGUUAUCGUUGAUAAUAGUCCUGCAAGUUAUAUUUUUCAUCCAGAGAAUGCAGUGCCAGUAAAGUCAUGGUUUGACGAUGCAUCAGAUUCUGAACUACUAGACUUGAUACCAUUAUUUGAGAAACUGAGUAAAGUUGAUUCUGUGUACACAAUUUUGUGUAGUAACAACGCCAACUCCAAUUCAAACUUAAUAACACAAACAACGCUGACAUCGUCAUCAUCAACAAUAACAGUAAUCACCGGUUCGCAGCAGCAAACAAACGAUACAAAUAAUACGUAACAUUUAAGGACGAACAAGUUGAAACUAUUUUUGUUGUUUUUCCAUCGUUAACCUUGUACAUACAUAUUUUCGUGCGUGCACACAACGAGAAAGAUCAACAGGAAAGAGAAGGAAAAGAAAAAAAAUGAAAAACGAAUUGAUCAUUGGCUACGUUUUUUUAUCAUCAUCAUUUGAUUAGAUAGCGCAUAGUGAGUCACGUAUGAAAAGAAAAAAAAUUAUGUUAUCAGCUUAUUUCUUUUGAAAGCACGCUGAUGUUGAGCGUCAUGUGCAAUUACUUUUUACUUUAAAUUUUUAUUAUCUUCACAUACAUAUUUAUUCACGUAAAUUAAUUAAACGGCGCCUGCAUGUCGUUCUAAUUGUGAAUGUGAGGUUGCUGUUGGUUUGGAGAUGCAGGUUGAAUAUUUUUUAAAUACUCUACUGCUUAUUCAUAUAUUCUCCUGCUGACACUUUUAAACAGCCCACACUGAUAUAUUCAAUUCACAUUUAAGUAAAUAUAAUCGCUCUCCUACAUAUCACCAUUCAAAUAUCAAAGAAAAACUUUAUAACUUUUUAUACGAUUAAAACAAAUCGCGAAAAGAUGAUGUCAUGAAAGUCUUCCUGUAAUCAUAUUUUAGAAGAUUUUAAUGUGACCGUACUCUGCCGGAUUGUUCCGAUACUGCUUCGUGACUCACACAUUAAUGUGCUUUCAGGAAAUAGCUUAAAAAAAUGUCUUAAUUAGACAACUUAAAAGAAGAAACCAUGAAGAACUAAGUUGAUCUUCAUUGGACUUUCAUUCAUUCAUUCAUCCAUUGUCUCUCAUUGAAGAAACAGAAAACAGAAAGAAAAACAAGUACAACAAAACGUACAUUAAUGUUAUGCAUGUAGUCAAUUGAUUAUAAUUUUUAAGCGAAAAAAACAAACUUUUGGCUUUAGAUAUGACUUCUUAUCUUAUUUUAUAUCAAAUUAUGUCCACAUAAUUUAUUAACCACUUUUAUUUUAUACUUUAAAAUAUAAACUGUUUAGCUUCAACUUUCAAGAAACGUUUUCGAGUCUCGAUUCCAUUGCAAAAGCUUUAUAAUUAUUAUUUCCUUUUUUGUUUUUUGUUAAGACCAUUUGACUUCCAGUCCUCACCCUCCUAAGUUUAUAAAUAAGCAAAAAACACAUGGGACAGAAUAUUUAUGUUUAACAUUAACUUUCUUUCUUUUUUCAUAAAAUUUUCUACAAAAACAUUUUACAGCACAAUAAAAAAAAAAGAGAAAAUGUUUUAAUAUCUAUUGGAAUGUAAUAAAAAUAAUAAAAAAAAUUUGCAGCAUGAUCAAAGAUCGUUCAUAACUUUCUUUGCAUUCAACGUUCCAAACUGAAAAACUUCCUUAAUCUUGAAACAAUAUAAAUAUCUGUCUAUCUAUCUUAUAUUUUUUAUUUAUAAUACCUAAAUAUCAUUUGCUUUAAAGUUCUUUCGAACACAGAAAUUGUUUAAAAUUUUCCAUGAAAACAAAAAAAAAUCUUAAUUUAAUGCGCACCUCUUGGCUUCCUAUAUUCGGCUAUAUUCUUUUUCUCUAUCAUGUAAUUAACAUUAAUUAUGAUGUUGCAAUAAAAUGGCCAUGUCAAAUGUGCAUUUUGUCGGUUUGAUAAUGAAAUUGCUAAUAGGAAUUAUGAAAUUUAACUUUAGUUAGUGCUAAAGACAUACAUUAAACAAUUGACGAGUAGACGAAAUGUGGGAAAUAUUGUAAAAAUAUUAAAAUCUAUAUAUUAUAUAAAACGAUUAAUAUAAAUGAUAUCACACAACUAAAAACGGAAAUAAAUAUUAAAUUUUAUAUAACAAUGUGUAAGAGGAAAAAAAGAAAUAAAACAUUUUUAUAAAAUUAAAA